AUGACUAUCUCCAAGAGCCGAGGAGCGACCAAGAAGUUGGGUCCAAUCAGCAUCGGCAGCAAAAUUGUACGCUUUAAAAUCCCUAAUCUCGACCGCCGGUUCACCGUGCACGAGGAUCUCAUCUGCCGCACAUCCACUUUCUUUAAAACCCGCUUGCAAAAGCGCCGCAAGAUCCUCAACGACCAAGACGAAUGCUGCGUCUGCGCCGAAGCCCUCAAUCCACACAUCAAAGACCUUACCUUCUGCAUCAAGUGCGGUCAAAACGUCCAUGAAACUUGCAUCGAGACGUGGAAGCGAUCGUUCGUUCACCAGGGCUAUGAUAAGCCGCCGCCAACCUGCCCGAUGUGUCGCGCUACCUGGAAGAACGAACCGCUGCUGAAGUAUCUUGGGGUUGAGGGCGAUUUGGAUGCUGAAGCCGUACAAGCCUACCUUGACUGGCUAUACUGUAGCAGUCUACACAUUGACAAGAGUGUAUCACGAAAGACAGAUGCCUUCAACGUAGCCCUGCUAAAAGUCUGGGAGGUCGCCAACGCCGUCGAGGACGAAACAUUCAAGAACGAAAUCAUACGAACGUUCUUUACCGAGGCGAGGGCAUGCUUCUGGUCCGACUCGGUCAAAUGGGCAUUUACCCAAAGCAAGCGGAGUGAAGAGAUCAAGGCAUUCGUCAUCGAAGUUUUCAUGGCGUACAUGGAGCCUGGCUGGUUCAAGAAAGAAGCUGCGAAGUGGCCGGAUGUUUUUACGUGGGAGUUGGCUGAUGUGGCGAUGGCGAGGGGGGAGAGGAAAAGUUUCAAAGAGUUGGAGGAACGGCACUGCAAGGCGAUGGGGACACAAGACGAGGGAGGGUUUAGUGGCGAGUCUUCUUGUGAGAUUGACUCUGAUGAUGAGCUGAGUGGUGUUCUUGGACAGCCGGCCUGCGAUGCUCUCCGUGAUCGUCGCCGUGAUGUUCAUCAAGAGGCGGACUUGUCACUUGCGCCACUACCGAACGCUGGUCUUCCCUCUUUAUCACGGCCUUGGAGACGCAAGUGA